GGCGUGGUAUAAGGCGGCUGCGCCCAUCCUUCCCCACAGUGUCCGGCGAACUUCCACGGCUUGGGGGUCGCCUGGCGCGGAGAGGAGCUCCGCCCCGAGCCGCCCCGUCACGUCACGUCACGCUCACGCGGCGCCGCGACCCGAGCACAACGUAUAUGUGCUGCCGAAGCAAGCAUUGGGAUGAAAACUUUAAGAAUGAUGAGUAAAGCAUAGAGAUAUUUGGAUUUGAACUGCAUUUUAGAAUUCAUCUUUACUUACAAUGCCACCAUCAAACGGAGGUCCAGUCGGAUACACGCCCCCAGAUGGAGGCUGGGGGUGGGCAGUGGUUGUUGGAGCUUUCAUUUCCAUUGGCUUCUCUUGUGCGUUUGGCAAAUCUAUUACUGUAUUUUACAAAGAAAUUGAAGAAAUAUUUAAAGCCAGCACCAGUGAAGUGUCAUGGUUAUCUUCCAUUGCGUUUGCUGUCAUGUAUGGUGGAGCUCGGACCUCCAGUAUAAUGUUGAAGAAAAGUGGUGAUGGUCCUAUCAGCAGUAUCCUGGUGAAUAAAUAUGGCAGUCGUCCAGUUAUGAUUGUUGGCGGCUGCUUGUCAGGCUGUGGCUUGGUUGCGGCUUCUUUCUGUACCACUGUGCAGGAACUUUACUUGUGUGUCGGAGUCAUUGCAGGUCUUGGGCUUGCCUUCAACUUGAAUCCAGCUCUGACCAUGAUUGGCAAGUAUUUCUACAAGAGGCGACCAUUAGCAAAUGGACUGGCCAUGGCAGGCAGCCCUGUGUUCCUCUCCGCCCUGGCCCCCCUCAACCAGGCUCUUUUUGCUGUCUUUGGCUGGAGAGGAAGCUUCCUAAUUCUUGGAGGCAUCCUACUAAACUGCUGUGUGGCUGGAGCCCUGAUGAGACCAAUAGGGCCCAAGCCAACAACUGCAGGGAAAGAGAAGUCUAAAGAAUCCCUUCAGGAAGCUGGAAAAUGUGAUGCAAACAAGGGGGCAGGUGAUGCAAAUACAGAAGUUAAUGGCAGAAACCCCCCAAAGGAGAAACAAUCUGUUUUUCAAACAGUUAACAAACUUCUGGACUUAUCCCUAUUCAAACACAGAGGCUUUAUGCUGUACCUCUCUGGGAAUGUGAUAAUGUCUUUUGCGCUGGCUACACCUUUAGUCUUUCUUAGUAAUUAUGCCAAGAGUCAGCAUCACUCUAGUGAGAAGGCUGCCUUUCUUCUUUCCAUUCUGGCUUUUGUUGACAUGGUAGCCAGACCUUCUAUGGGAUUUGUAGCCAACACAAAGUGGAUAAGACCUCGAAUUCAGUAUUUUUUUGCUGCUUCUAUUAUUGCAAAUGGAGUGUGUCAUAUGCUAGUACCCUUAUCCUCUAGCUAUAUAGGGUUCUGUCUUUAUGCGGGAUUCCUUGGAUUUGCUUUUGGUUGGUUUGGCGCUGUAUUGUUUGAAACGCUGAUGGACCUGGUUGGAUCCCAGAGGUUCUCCAGUGCUGUGGGAUUGGUGACCAUUGUGGAAUGCUGUCCUAUUCUGCUGGGGCCACCGAUUUUAGGUCGUCUCAGUGACAUAUACGGAGACUACAAAUAUACAUACUGGGCAUGCGGCAUAAUCCUUAUUGUCUCAGGCAUCUAUCUCUGCAUUGGCAUGGGCAUCCAUUAUCAACUCGAGGCAAAAGAACAGAAGGCAGAGGCGAAGCAGAAAAAGGAGAGUAAAGAGAUGGAACCAAAAGAUAUUAAAGCUGCAGAAUCUCCAGAACUGAAAGGCACAGAAGGAGGACCCAAAAAGGAGAAACUUUCAGGCUGAAGUCAGGGAUAAACAGAAGCUUUGGACCAAAGAUACUUGAAAAAUUCUACUGAAUCAUGUUCUACUUUUGGUGCUUACAGUGGAUAGUGGACAUUUGUGUGGAAGUCAUACCAGGUGUUCAUUGAUAGAACUUUUAUUUCCUUCCUUUACAACAGUCAUAAUAAAUAUGUCACGUCCUUCAGGGGCAGGGGAUUUGCAAAAGGUGACAGAAGGAAAUAGCUUUUAUUUGAAGUCAUUUUUUUAAGGUAUACCUUGAAUACUGUACAAAUCCCUUUUAUAAGAGUAAAGUUUAAUGAAUUUUGACACAGGUAUUUUGUCAAAUAACUACCACACUAAUAUAGAAUAUUUCAAACCUCCAAAAUAAUUCCCUUCUGCUCCUUUGCAGUUAAUCCCCUCCCCUUAACUAUAGCCCCUGGCAGCCACUGAUCUGAUUUCUGUCCCCUAUAGUUUUGUCUUUUCCAGAAUGGAAUAAAUGGAAUCACAUAGUAUGUAACUAUGGCACAAUAGUAUAUAUAUGGUCUUUAUCCUCAGUUCCUGGUAUACAGCUCCUAGAAGCCUUGGAAUCUCUGGAGUGAUAAGAGUAUCUUUUGCAUGCUAAUUAGGUGACUGGUGGCUGGAGACCCCUUUCUUAACUUCAGGAUAGGGGCUAGUCUCCAAAAAGGCCAAAGCAUGAUUAGAGGGUUGGAACUUUCAGCCCCAUCCCCUGACCUCUGAGAAGGGGAGAGGGGCUGGAAGUUGGGUUCAAUUAUUAAUGUCCAAUGAUACAGUCAAUCAUGCCUAUGUAAUAAAACCCCCUAAACUACAGAGAGCUUCCUGGCUGGUGAAUACUGUGAGGUACUGGGAGAGUAGUGUGCCCAGAGAGGGCAUGGAAGCUCCUUACCACUCCUCCGCACCAUAUUUUACCCUAUGCAUCUCUUCCAUCUGGCUGUUCUGAAUUGUAUCCUUUAUAAUAAAUCAGUGAACGUAAGCAAAGUGUUCCCUGAGUUCUGUGAUCCAUUCUAGUAAAUUAUCAAACUUGAUGAAGAAGUCAUGGGAACUCCCAAUUUAUAGCUGGUUGCUCCCAAGUACAGGUGGCAACCUGGGACUUGAGACUGGAAUCUGAAGUGAGGGCAGUCUUGUGAGACUAAGCCUUUAAAUCUGUGGAAUCUGACACUAACUCUGGGUACUUUAUGUCAGAAUUGAAUUGAAUUGUAGGACACCCAGUUGGUGUCUGGAGAGUUGGCAAAAUGGUUGUUGGUAUGGAAAUAACCCACACAUUGGUGUCAGAAGUGUUGUGAGUAAAAGCAGUUGGGAGUAGCCUUUUGUGUCUGGCUUCUUUCACAAUAGCAUAAUGUUUUAUGGUUCAUCCAUGUUGUUGUAUUUUUCAGUAGUUCAUUGCUUUUUAUUGCUGAGGAGUAUUUCUUUGUAU